UAUACUCUCCGUGUCUCCAACUUCUCUUUGAUUUUCCCCAUGAAUCGUAUUUUUGCCACCGGUGGAACAUUAUUGCGUUCAAACUUUUCUAAAUUUUUAAAAAAUCCGCACAAUAAAAUGGUGUCCUUGGAACAGGUUGUGGAAAAUAAUAAACGCAGUCAAGAGAUCAUAGAAUCCCUCAAGAGCGAAUUAACAGCCAUACGUGGAGAACUUAUAAGCCGCAAAAAGCGUGAACUAAUUGCUGAAAAUGCCCAGCUACAGAAACAAGUAGAGUUGGCUAAAGCCCAGCUAAUAGCUUUGGAAAUAAAGAAUGGCAAAAAACAAAUAACAGUGCCCGGAGCACGUAACUUAUGUACUGAUGCCAAGGCAACAGCAGCAGCACCUGUGGCUGAAGUUGCUGCACAACCCACUGAAGCUAAACAAGAUACUAAGCAGAAACCCAACAAAGAAAAGAAACCCAAAAAAGAAAAACCCGCUGCUGCUGACAACAAAGAAGCCGCUGCCGAAUUACCCGUGGAUGUCAGUCGUUUAGAUUUGCGUGUUGGUAAGAUAGUUGAGGUGGGGCGUCAUCCUGAUGCCGACAGUUUGUAUUUGGAAAAGAUCGAUUGUGGUGAGGCACAACCGCGCACCGUUGUUUCUGGCCUUGUGAAAUUUGUACCCAUCGAAGAGAUGCAAAAUCGUAUGGUUGUGGUCAUGUGUAAUCUUAAGCCUGCCAAAAUGCGUGGUAUCACCUCAGAGGCCAUGGUCAUGUGUGCCUCCACUCCCGAAAAAGUUGAAGUUUUAAGUCCGCCUGAAGGUUCCGUACCCGGAGAUCUAGUACACUGCGAGGGCUAUCCCAGACAACCCGAUGCCCAAAUGAACCCCAAAAAGAAAAUCUUCGAGACUUGUGCACCCGACUUGAAAACAAAUGAUGCUUUGGUGGCGUGUUUUAAGGGUGCUGUUUUACAUGUACCCGGCAAGGGCAAUGUAGUGGCCCAGACUUUGAAAAAUGUUCAGGUUAAGUAGAGAUAUUGGUUGUUUUAUUAAUAAAACGAGGAACGAUUAAAAAGAUGAAAAGGAAAAUUAAAAA